AACAAUUUCCCGAGCUCUUCGAACUCUUCCGGCCGUCGCCGCUUUUGCUGCGCUGCCGGAGGCCACUGCGUCGAGAUGCGAAAUAGUCUAAUUCCGCUCAAACACUAUGAAGAUUGAUUGGGAUCUGAUCUACGCCUUUUCUCAUUCUCCCCAUUGUUUUCAGCGUUAUGAUCAGAUUUUUGCGGCUCAGGGGACCCAAAUUUUGGCCAGUCUUCUCGUUUGUCCAACGAAACACUUCUUCGGCUCACCUCCGUCGGCGUAGCUCUCUGUCGAGCGCCGCAUUAUAUGCUGUAGAAGGAGAGGAUUAUAUUGGCCGGUCACCGGUGUUCGAUUCUUAUGCUUAUGCACGAGCAUUUCAGGAAUGCAUUGCCGAAGUCGAUCAUGUUAGAGGAAGAGCUGUUCACUGUCAUUCCCUGAAACAUGGCGGCUGUUUGGAUUUGUUCUGCCUAAAUAUCUUGCUGAACAUGUAUGCAAAAUUUGAUAUUGUAGACGAUGCGUGUAUAUUGUUUGCAGAAAUGCCCGAAAGAAAUAUGGUUUCUUUCGUCACCUUAAUUCAGGCUUAUGCCAAGUGCGGCAAGCUCAUUGAAGCAGUGCACCUUUUUCACAGGCUUCAUAGAGAAGGCCACCAACUUAACCAGUUCGUGUUCACCACAGUUUUAAAGCUAUUUGUUGUUAUGGAGCUGCCAGAGCUUGGUCGUCAUGUGCACGCCUGCAUUUGUAGGCUUGGUCAUGAGUCAAAUGCGUAUGUUGGUGCCGCUUUACUUGAUACUUAUUCGCUCUGUGGUUAUGUCGAUGAGGCAAGAAAGGUUUUUGAUGGGAUUGUCGAAAAAGACAUUGUUGCUUGGACAGGGAUGAUUUCUUGCUAUGCUGAUAAUGAUUGUGCUGAGGAUGCCUUGCAACUAUUCUCUAGGAUGACCAUUUCUGGCUUGAGACCAAACAACAUCACGCUUACUAGCCUGAUCAAGGCAUCUGUCUCCCUUUCAUCAUUAACAUUGGGAAAGAGUAUACAUGGUUGUUCAAUUAAAACUUGCUAUGAGUUGGACCCUUAUGUGGGUGGUUCACUGCUUGAUGUGUAUGCAAAAUAUGGGGACAUCAAGGAUGCUCAUGCAAUUUUUGAGGCAGUUCCCCAGAAUGAUGUGAUCCUUUGGAGUUUUAUGAUUGCACGUUAUGCACAAAUUGAUCAAAAUGAAGAGGCAUUGGCGAUUUUCAUGCGGAUGAUGAGGGUCCCAGUAGAGCCCAAUGAAUACAGUUUUUCUAGUGUUUUACAAGCUUGUGCAAACAGUAGAGCCUUGGACAUGGGAAGGCAAGUCCAUGGCCAUGUUGUUAAGAUAGGUCUUGAUACAGAGAUUUUUGUUGCAAAUCCUCUAAUUAAUCUUUAUGCUAAGUGUGGGAAUAUGGAUGCAUCAAUGGUUAUUUUCUCAGACUUGUCCAAUAGCAAUGAUGUGAGUUGGAACACACUCAUUGUAGGUUAUAUGCAACUAGGCUUUGGUGAGGAGGCAUUGAAACUCUUUAGUCAGAUGCAUGUUGCUCAAGUAUCAAAAUCUCAAGUCACCUACUCUAGUGCACUUCAAGCUUGUGUGAGCAUAGCUGCCAUUGAGCAGGCAAGGCAGGUUCAUUCAUUGAUUGCAAAGACCACACUAAGUGACGAUGCUGUUGUUAGUAAUUCUCUAAUAGAUACAUAUGCCAAAUGUGGGAGCAUCAAAGAUGCUCACAAGGUCUUUGAUGUAAUGAAGGAAUGUGAUUUGAUAUCUUGGAAUGCUUUGAUCUGUGGGUAUGCACUACAUGGCUUAGGUACCAAUGCCUUAGGCCUGUUCAAAAAGAUGAGGGACAACAAGGUUGAGCCCAAUGGUGUGACUUUCGUCGGUGUCUUAUCAGCAUGCAGUAAUGUGGGUUUAGUGGACCAAGGUCUGUCUUAUUUUAACUCUAUGGCUGAGGAUUAUGGCAUUGUGCCAAGUAUGGAACAUUAUACUUGCAUGGCCAGCCUUUUAGGGCGUUCUGGUCGUCUGAAUGAAGCGAAGGAAUUUAUUGACCGGAUGACAGUAAAACCUAGUGUUAUGGUCUGGCGUGCACUACUUGGUGGUUGUUUGAUUCACAAAAAUAUUGAGCUAGGGAACCUGUGUGCGGAAAGGAUACUUGAGAUGGAACCUCAGGAUGAGACAACAUAUGUCUUAAUGUCAAACUUGUAUGCUGCAGGAAAAAGUUGGGAUCAUGUGGCUCUUGUCAGGAAAUCCAUGAGAGCCAAAGGAGUGAAAAAGGAACCUGGUCGUAGCUGGAUUGAGUUUCAUGGUGAAAUUCACUCCUUUUGCAUGGGAGAUUACUCACAUCCUGACACUAGGGCGAUCAAUGCUAUGCUAGAAUGGUUACAUAUUAAAGUUAACAGAGCAGGUUAUGUUCCGGACGUUAAUGUGGUAUUGCAUGAUAUUGAUGAUGAUAAAAAAGAACGAAUUGUAUGGAUGCAUAGUGAGAGGUUGGCCUUGGCAUUUGCGGUUAUAAGACUUCCACCUGGAAGCCCAAUUUGUAUAAUCAAGAAUCUCCGUUUCUGCCAAGAUUGUCAUGCUGCAUUCAAAGUAAUAUCUAAAGUCAUUCAGCGGGAUAUCACUGUGAGAGAUAUUAAUCGCUUUCAUCAUUUUGAAGAUGGAACUUGUUCCUGUGGUGAUUAUUGGUGAUGCUUAUGUGCCUGGAAGAGGCUAGCAAUUGCAGACGAGAAAAGAAAAUUCCACAUGUCAGCAAAUAUAAGGGGAAAAUGUGGAAUGUGCACUUUCAUGAUAUGUUGCUUUUACAUAUCAAAAUUUCCUAUCAGAAAGGAUGCUUGUAGUUGAGAGUGCAUGUGAAUUGCAUUAGAAUAAACAAGAACUUUUCGCUUGAUUUGUUAUGGUCCAACUCUAAACAUGGAUCACCAGAGUGGCAUAUUUCUUCAGAGAUUCUUCCUUGGUGACUUAUUAACUUGCACCACUAUAGGUAUGCCAGUUUUACCUUUUUGUCAUUUGAUUUUAUGUAGCAUAUCCUUUUUUUUUCCACAUAUGCUUUUUCUGCCUUCCAUCUUCAUCCCUCCUCUCUUUUUUGCAUGUACGUGAAAGGUGGGCAUUCUUCAUCUCAUUUUAUUGAUUCUUCACCUAUGUUUUCCUCUUGAGCUGUGAAUUCACUAGAGAUACAUCAUAUCACUAUCAGUGGAUAUCCAAUACAGGGAAUAUAUGAAUUUUCUUCCAUAACAAAAAGGCUUUUUUAUCAACCUUGAUGCCUGCUUUCUGUUACUUCUGUUGAAAAAUAGUCAUAGGCUUUAUUAAUGUUGCAUAUGUAUACUUGGGAAUAUUCUUAUUUAGUCAUCAAACACAAAUCUUGCUAACAUUACAUUUAUGCAAGCUAAAUGUUCCCCGAUGGAUUCUUCCUUUUCAUGUUCUCUUCCAGUUUUGAUUCAUAAACCUAUGCAUGCCUUACAGGACUUAUUACAAGUUGAUUUAUACUGUGAGUACCAUAUUUCUAUUUAACUAAAUCUGGUCCAUACUAGCCCAUUAAGCUUUUUAUGACUAUCAAGAAAAAUCAAAGGUGGAAAAGGGAAAGAAAGAACUGAAGCCUGAGUAGUGUCCUUCAUCCACUAUGAGUCCAAACUAUAUAUCGUUGAGUUCAUCAUGAUUACUGUUGUAUGAAUUAUGGAAUUAAGUUAUCAUGGCAAAUGCACCUCAUAGAAGAUCAGAAUCAUGCCAGAAGGAAAUUUCGAGUGGUAUAGCUUAGCCUCUUUCAACUGAGUGAAUUUUGCAGUUUUGUAAUGAUAGCUUUAUGAAGGAUUCUUGAUAUUACUAAAGAAAAACAAUAAAAGCAGAAAUUUUCUAGAACUUACGGUCAUCUAUUUUCUUGGAAUUAAGUAAUGCUGAAUGCUUUUUUUAUACUUAUCUGGAAGCAUAAAGAGGUUUUCAUGACCACAGUCCAUUUCCAUUUACUUCCUGCCCCAAAGCAACGGUAAAUUAUUUCCUUCAUUGGUGGUUCAUUAAUUAUUUUUUCCUUCAUGGUAUAUCUUCUGCGAGAAAUAUUGAUAAAGUGCCAUUUUUGAUACAAAACUAGUAGGUUGCAAAUGGCCUCAUGCUGUGCCAAACAAAUGAAGAGUUAGUAAGCUGAUUUGAUAAACUGCCAUGAAGAGAACACUGGACCUUGUUCUUUCCCUCUUGCACUUCUAUUUGAAGCAGCCUUAAUGCUUUGAACCACUCCCAAGAGGCCCAGAUGGUUCCACAUCCCAACUGAUGACCUAUAGUUGCUACAGUUGUUUCUGCUACCACAUCCAGCAACAAUUCGGCAAAAUGAGCACACCAUUAUAAGAAAGCAAGCCAUUUGGAGGAAUCAGACAUGAAGAAACAUGGAGCAUGGUCAUCUGCAAAGACAGGUUGCCUAUGUAAUCAGAAAAUCACAUGCCAUCAGAGUAGCAUUCCAUGGCCUCAAAGAGCAGCAUGACCCCUCGAAAGCUCAAGUGUUUAUGUCCUGUCUAUGAGUCUCCUUGUGGAUUUAUGCAUCACAAUUUAGUUUGCGAUCAUUUAAGAUGGUAAGAAGUACGAGGGAUGACACAUUUAAACAUUUAGCAGUUGAUGAUUUGUAAAAUUUAUGAUAUAAGUUCUUUCUUCUGUACCAUAAACAUCUUCUUAGCAGUAAAUUGACACUGCCAAGCUUC